UUCAUUGCUUUUCCCAGAAUGCAAUGCGCAUCUGUCAUGGCUGCUUACUGACGCUUCUGUCGGCACAUGGAUAGCUAGAAACAAUCUCUGUCAGAUUCAGGCGUUGUGAUUCGCCUCAGUAACCAGGGUGCCUGGAGCUCGGUCUGGUGUGGGACCGUCCUGGCUGCACGCAGGAGAUCCAGCCGACGUUCAGCAGAAACGAACAGCCAUGUUGCUCAGCGUAGAGAUUCCAGUACUGAGAGGCUUUCUGACAGCCAGCGAGGCUGCGAAAUGGACACAAAACAUCUUUACUGAUGCAGAAGCGGGGCCCUUGCUGCGGGCCCUUCUGGCCGGGGACUUUGAGGCUGUGCUGCUCAGCCCUCAGGUGGCAGACGUGCUGACUGGAGACGGCAGCUGCAGAGAGGGGGAGGAUAUGGAGGCCUACCUGGAGAGAUGCCUGCUGCUGUAUUUGACUGCCCAUGGUGACGGUCAGCUGAACAACAGGGAGCUUGUCGUCUUGGCCAUGGCCGUCUCCUGUCUCCACCUGUUCGCUCAGAGCAACUGGACUGGACCUCCAGUCUCUCUCCACAUGUGGGACCAGCUGCCUUCGGCUCUGCUGUCCUCUCGGAUUCUGUUGUCUUCCAGCACCGACUUUCAGAAGAACAAUCCCGUGCACAAACUAACAGCAGAAGAACUGUUGGCAUUCACUUCUUGUAUUCUGUCCCAGCCAAAGUUCUGGUCUGUGGAGGUCACAGCACUCUGCCUCAGGACCAAACUAGAGAGAGGGAGAACUCGGUGUGUUGAGAGAGCCAUGAUGCAAACUCAGGCAAUAGUCGAUCAUUUUGAAGACCAGAGCUGUCCUGUGAACGAGCGCCUCAAAGUGUUCUACUGCUGCCAAGUACCGCCCAGAUGGGCCGUCCAGAAGCUGCUGGCCAGCCUGCUGAUAGACCUGGGCUGCAUCAGCUCAGCUCUGCUGCUCUACCAGCAGCUGCAGCUGUGGGAGGACGCCGUGGUCUGCUACGAGAAGCUGGGCCAGCACGGAAAGGCUGAGGAGAUUGUGCGCAGAGAGCUGGAGAAGAAGGAGACUCCAAGUCUGUACUGUUUGCUUGGAGACAUUCUGAACGAGCAUCAGUACUACGAUCGGGCGUGGGAGCUGUCGGGACGGAGGAGCGCCAGAGCCAUGCGCUCCAAGGCUCUGCUGCACCUCCGGGUCAAGGACUUCCAGCAGUGUGUGGACUGCUUUGAGCAGUCGCUGAAAAUCAACACCAUGCAGCUCGGCGUGUGGUUUUCCCUCGGCUGUGCCUACUUCGCUCUGGAGGGCUAUGAGGGAGCAGCCAGAGCCUUCCAGAGGUGUGUGGGACUGGAGCCAGAUAAUGCAGAGGCAUGGAACAACCUUUCCACAGCCUACAUCCGCCUCCAGAUGAAAACCAAAGCCUUUCGAACCCUGCAAGAGGCCCUGAAAUGCAACUACGAGCACUGGCAGAUCUGGGAGAACUUCAUUGUGGUCAGCAUUGACAUCGGCGAUUUUGCUGAAGCCAUCAAGGCUUACCACCGUCUCAUGGAUCUAAGGGAAAACUACAAAGAUGUCCAGAUUCUACAGAUCCUGGUCAGGGCGGUUGUGGAGAAUCUGACCGACAGCCAGGGGGCGCAGGCAGGAACCUUGACCCCGAAACUGAAGGAACUUCUUGGCCGUGUCAGUGCGCGCCACAGCAGCGACGCUGAAAUAUGGCAGCAGUACGCCAUGCUGUACGGUGGCGGCCGCAGCUCAAACCUAGACGACAACGACAAGGCUCUGCAGUUCCUGUCCAAAGCUCAUCGCUGUGAGGUUCAAGCUAGCGGCUGGGAGAAGGACCCUGUUCUUUUCAAGGAGGUGAUCAGAAGAGCAAUCACCAUGGGAGAAGUGAGCAUCAGCUGCAGUGAGAAGAAGACGAGUCCAGCAGAAUCUCUCCAGAUGCUGUCGUCCAGCCGCCUCAGCCUCCGGAGUCUGGCCACCAAAGCCAAGCAAAUCCACACAGAUGUUGCGACGGGUGAAGUCCAUGUCGAUCUACGGGACGGCGUUGCUGCUCUGGAACGGCUGAUCUCAGAUCUGCAGGAUCUGAGUGGGAGGCUGCGGAACCAGACCCAGUGAUGCAAACUGCAUCUUUAUCAUGACGUUUUUAUACCUUCAUGUCCACAAUAUAAUGUAAAUGGUUGUUUUAAGGUAUCAAGAAGUAAACUUGAUAAUUAAAUGCUU